UACACAUUCGAUACUGUUCCACCACUCACCCCGCGCGUUAUUUGCACUCACUGACUCUGUGGAACACAACAAAUUGCACAUCCUCACUCAACCUACAACUUCUAUUGACCAUUGUUCUUGGUCUUGUUCCUCACCAUGCCAAUGUUGUCUUCCAGAGCCUUCAUCGUUUAUCUCGUAUCUGCUUUCUCUUGUGCUGUUCUCUCUGCACUUUUCCUCACCAACCAUACCCGUCAUGAUAACAAAGCAUCUUUGUUAACCUCUCAUGUGUCAGGAACUCCUCAAGUUUGGCCCGACUUGGAGCCAAGUUGGAAACUUGUGUUGGCCACGGUUAUUGGGUUUCUUGGAUCAGCGUGUGGAACAGUUGGUGGGGUUGGAGGGGGAGGCAUUUUUGUUCCCAUGUUGAAUCUGCUUCUUGGCUUUGAUACUAAAUCUGCUGCUGCUCUUUCGAAAUGUAUGAUAAUGGGGGCAUCAGCAUCAUCGGUUUGGUAUAAUGUGAGAGUGCCGCAUCCAACGAAAGAGGUGCCCAUAUUAGACUAUGAUCUGGCGCUUCUGUUUCAGCCUAUGCUUAUGCUUGGGAUCACUGUUGGUGUUGCUCUCAGUGUUGUCUUCCCCUACUGGCUUAUUACGGUUCUUAUCAUCAUUCUCUUCGUAGGGACUUCUUCAAGGUCUUUCUUCAAAGGAAUCAAUAUGUGGAGGGAAGAGACUAUUUUCAAGAGAGAAAAAGUCAAGCAGCAAGCGACUUUGCUUGGCGAAGAUAAGACAGUUAGAAUCGACACAAAAUAUGAGCCGUUGAUUCCUAAAGAAGAGAAGUCAACUAUUGAAAUUUUAUGUCUUAACCUUAAGUGGAAAAGGAUUCUGCUACUGAUUGUGGUGUGGGUUUCUUUCCUACUAGUUCAAGUCAUUAAGAAUGAUGUAAAGGCAUGCAGUGCAUGGUAUUGGGUGCUUUUUGGCUUGCAGUUUCCAAUUGCAUUUUUGGUGUUUGGCUAUGAAGCAGUAAAGUUGUACAAGGAGCACAAAAGGAGGAUGAGCACAGGGAACUUAGAAUGCAUCUGUGAGGCUUCUAUAGAAUGGACUGCCAUAAACCUUGCAUUUUGUGCAUCGUGUGGCGUUGUAGGGGGAGUAGUGGGAGGCCUACUUGGUUCUGGAGGUGGGUUUGUUUUGGGGCCACUUCUUCUAGAGAUUGGUGUCAUUCCUCAGGUUGCUAGUGCCACAGCAACAUUUGUGAUGAUGUUUUCAUCAUCAUUAUCUGUGGUUGAAUUCUACCUUCUCAAGAGGUUCCCCAUUGCUUAUGCUUUAUACCUCACCUUAGUGUCUGUUUUGGCUGGCUUCUGGGGACAGUUCUUUGUGAGAAGAUUAAUUGCAUUUCUUGGAAGGGCAUCAAUCAUUGUAUUCAUCCUCUCAGGUGUCAUUUUCGCUAGCGCUCUCACCAUGGGUGUCGUUGGCAUUGAGAGCAGCAUUCAAAUGAUAAACAACAAUGAGUUCAUGGGAUUCUUAGGCUUUUGUUCCAGUCAGUGAUAUAUACACAUUUAUUUUGGAUUUCAUGCAGUGUGCAUAGCAAACAAACGGAAAAUCCAAACUAGGUGUGAAAGAAGCUUGUAAAGUUAAUUUAGAACGAUGGCAUUACAAAUGUUGGUCAAUCGUUGUUGACCAACAGGAAGAUCUAUGUCAAAUAAUAUUAAGGCUAGCUUGCCUUCCUAUGCGUGAGAAUAAAAUUUGUGGUUGAGUGUUAGCUCCUCGCUAACACAUCUUAUAGUGAUUUCAGUUGUAUUGAAUUUCUGUCAGAAAUUUAAUAAUGGAAAUAAUAUGAGAUCGUUUUAUA